AUGGCGGCAUGCCGAAUUCAGGCAGAAAAUGAUUCUGAUUAUGAUCGCCAAAGGGAUUUAAAGGCUUUUGAUGACACAAAAGCCGGCGUAAAGGGGGCUGUGGAUGCUGGAGUGACAAAGAUUCCCCGUAUACUCAUCCAGGAGCAACGCACUAAGCUUGAUGAUAGGCCUGCUUCUCUUGAACCCAACUUCAGCAUUCCAAUCAUAGAUAUUGAAGGCUGGAAUGAAGAUGAAACUCGACGACACAACAUAAUUGAGAAACUUGGAAGUGCUUGCGAGAAGUGGGGUUUCUUUCAGGUGGUUAAUCAUGGAAUUCCAAGCAACAUAUUAGAGGAGAUGAUUGAUGGGAUACAUAGAUUUCACCAUCAGGAUGUCGAGGUAAAGAAAGAGUUCUAUUCUCGCGAUUACACCAAGAAAGUUCUUUACAAUUCCAAUUUUGAUUUGUACCAAGCACCAGCAGCUAGUUGGAGAGAUAGUUUGACUUGUGUUAUGGCACCCAAUCCUCCAAAUCAUGAAGCAAUCCCUCCAAUAUGCAGAAUUAUGAAAUUGGGGAUCACUCUAUUCGAAUUGUUAUCUGAAGCGCUGGGGCUCAAACCCAAUCAUCUUAAAGACAUUGGUUGUGCAGAGGGACUUUAUGUUCUGGGUCAUUCCUACCGAGCAUGUCCUGAACCAGAAUUGACUAUAGGCACUAGAAAACAUGCCGACAGUGGCUUCCUUACCUUGCUUCUACAAGAUCAGAUUGGUGGCCUCCAAGUUCUCCAUGAAAAUCAAUGGGUCAAUGUGACCCCCGCACCAGGAGCUCUAGUAGUAAAUGCGGGAGACUUGUUUCAGGCAUCUCUGCAGCUAAUCUCCAACGAUAAAUUUAUCAGCGUCCAUCACAGAGUGCUAGCGAAAAAUGUUGGUCCGAGAAUUUCGGUGGCAUGCAUUUUCAGGCAACAUCUUUCGCCUGAGACCUUAAAGCUUAUAAGCCCUUAUCUUGUACCUAAACAAUGCGUGCUCAACCGAGGUGCUGAUCACCUCGCCCGUGUUGGUGUUGGUGUUGGUUCUUCGAAUGAUACUCUUUUUCGAGUCUGGAAUCAGAAAAUGAUUGUAUCUUGGGGCAUUAGCUCUGCCUCCAUCCUUUGUACCCAAAAAAAACAAAUGCGUGCUCAAUAA